CAGGUAUAAAUUCUGUUUGUUUUGAAAGCCCUCUAAGCAGGUAUGUGAAAGUAGUUAAAUAAGCCUAAGCAUUGAUUGUCCUGUCAUGUGCUUGGCUCAGAUGCAUGGGUAAUGAUCAUCCAUUAAACUUUUAAAACAGCGCUGCAGGAGUAAAAUUGAUCUGUAACUGAAUGUGUCAGGCUGGAAAACUCUCUCAUAAACUUACCAGUUUGCUUGUAAGAUAGGUGACAACAAAGCCUGCUUUAUGAGGUGGAAAAGAUACAUGAAGUCAGUUAAAAUACUACUUGCAUCACAACGAAGGACAACCUGAAGCUAAUGACUGUGCUUCAGUUCUGUUUUUCAGCAAUAGGAUCAAAAUGCCAUUGAUUGUAUAGUCAGCCCAGUGUCAGCUGUUAUGAAAAUGCUGGUAAUUGUUACUUUUUAUUUUUCACUAUUAGGCAUUAUUUAUUUUUACAUAUUUCUGAUACCAGUGAUCACAUUACUGAUCAGCAGUGGUCAUUCACUAGAAGAACUUUGUCUUUCUUACUUCUCUGCUGGACUAAUGUUUGGAAGAAGAGAGAAUCCACAGGUUUUUGAUCUUUGUUUUAUAUCAGAUUUAGGGUAUAAUUACUGUAAUACUUUUGAAAUGAGAAAAAUAUAAUUAGAAUGAUGAGUUCUAGAGCCCUUUCUUCACUGUGUUGUAGAUGUAAAGGACUUCUGUGUAUAUCCUCAUUCAAGUGUUGCUUGCUGAUAGCUCGAGGAAGCUUCUGUAGGUACACAUUUCAUUCAGUGAAAUUUCAUUUUUGUUUUUCCACAUUUCUGUUUCAGAUCAAGAAGGAUCAAAAUAAAAGCACAAGGGGGAAAGAGAAGUGUCAGGGGACUAUCAAAUCAAAUAGCUCAACACUUUAAAACAUGGGUUUCAUCUAAAUGUCAGCGCUGCUUUGCAUUCUUAGAUUGUUCUUGCUUUGAUUCACUGGUAUGAGAGGAUGUUCCAGACAAUAAUACAAGAACUGGCUGCUGUAAUACUCUGUUGUGUUGGAGUGGCCCACCACAUGGCAAUGCAUUGCCUCUAAUUAAAGCAGAGCUGCACCUGCGUCAGGGCUUUAAAUGCUUAGACUUGAUAUUUCUUUCUCUGCAUAGAAACUGACUAGCAACAUCCUGUAACAAGGACAUAUUUAAUAUUAAUUAAUCCCAUCUCUUCUCCAUAUUCUGUAUGCACCAUGUCUUCUGCAUUGUUCUCCAGUGUGACAACUAAAGCAGUGUGUAGUAGUAAAUGUUGCAUCCCUGCAUUCUCAUCUUUCUUCUAAGAAGGUUGUAUGACUGUACUCUUUUCUUGUUAUUGAUUCUGAAUUUGGCAUGCAGGUUUACAAUGCUAUGAGCGUGGGUUUAGGGACAUGUGUUAUUGAAGAGAGUAGGGAAUAUAGUGUUUUAUGCAUAGCUUUGUGGAACCAAAGUUUUCAUGUUGGUCAGCCCUAAGACAGUCAGGUCUGCAAGUCUUUGUUACAAGUAAGUAGGAGGUGGAGUUGUGAGCAGCAUAGUUGACAGAGCUUAGACUUGUCCAGGUUGAAAAGCACCUUGGAAGCUCUUUUUGUGUGACGUUUUGCUCCAAGAAGGGUGAAUUCAGGCUGCAUUGCUUAGGACUUUGUUUAGUCUAGUCUUAGUCUGAGAGCAAAGGUUCUACAACCUCUCAGCACCUGUUCCAGUUGUUGAUAAUCCUUAGAGAGAAAAACCUUUUUUGCUAUCCAGUCGGAACCUUCCUUGUUUCAGUCUGUGCUGUUUCUUGAAUUGUUCCCUCCCACAAACCUCAAUAGGCAAGGAAUCUGCCAUCUUCUUCAUAACCUUCUCUUGUGAAAGCUGCUGUUAGGUUCCCUUGAGACUUUAUCAAGUUAGACGUGUCUGGCUGGUGGAUACCAUGACUUCAGCCCAUUGACUUUCUUCUGGGGAGCCCCAAGCUGGAGACAGUAGCCCAGGUGUGAUGUAACAAGUCCCAGGCCCUUCAGUGUUCUGGCUGGCCUCUUUAUGAUACAGCUUUGAAGUUUAAGCACUGGCCAAGACACCCUGGAUGCUUGGAAAUAGAGUUUUUGACAUCUUUUAUCCAUGAACCUAGAGAGGAAAGAGUUUUUACCAUGAGAAGACAUCAUCAGCAAGGUGUUCGUGCUUCUGACUCGGUCAUCAAAUAUUAAUGGAAAAAAAAAACAACUGAUUAAUUAACAUAGUUCUGGCAGUUUGUUGCUUGUUUUUUUUCUUUUAAUUCUUUGGUGUUUGAUGAAGAGAAAUUUGAGAAAAAUUUCAAGGAAUGGAGUUAGCUCACAGUUUACUGCUCAAUGAAGAAGAGUACAACCAGCUUGGUGAAUAUCAGAAGGCAGAGUUCAUUUUUGAAUGGUUACAGUUUUUGGAAAAGCUUUUACCAGUCACUAGCAGAACUGAUAUAAAAGAAAACCAGAAGAAACUGGUUGAACAAUUGACUUCUUUAUUAAACAAUUCACCAGGACCUCCUACCAGACGGCUUGUUGCCAAGAAUUUGGCUGUACUUUAUAGCACUGGAGACACUUUUUCUGUUUACCAAACAAUUGAAAAAUGCAAUGAACUCAUUCGGAGUAAAGAUGAUUCACCAAGUUAUCUGCCUACAAAACUUGCUGCGGUGGUAUGCUUGGGCUAUUUAUACAAAAAAUUGGGAAGAAUUUUGGGAAACAGUUUUACUGACACCGUUGGGAAUGUGCUUAAAGCAAUGAAGAAUGCAGAGUCUCAAGGCCGUUACGAAAUCAUGCUUAGUUUACAAAAUAUGUUGAAGGGUUUAGGAGCUGCUGCUAUCCCUUGCCAUAGAGAUAUUUAUAAAGCUGCCCGAUCUUGUUUGACAGAUCGAUCUAUGGCAGUCCGCUGUGCUGCUGCAAAGUGUCUUCUUGAACUUCAGAAUGAAGCAGUAUUUAUGUGGACUACAGAUCUGGAUAGUGUUGUGACCUUGUGUUUUAAAUCCUUUGAAGGUUCUAAUUAUGAUGUACAUUUAGCAGUUUCAAAACUUUUAGGCACAGUACUGGCCAGAGCUUUAACAUCCAAGCAGACAACAGUAUCAACCAAGCAUAACUCCCGCAAAAUCUCUUUGGAAGAAGUGAUGGAGCUCUUAGGAACUGGAUUUCUGCGUGGAAGUUACGGAUUUCUACGAGCCAGUGGUGAUAUGCUGAAAGGGACCAGCUCUGUCAGCAGAGAUGUUAGGGUUGGAGUCACACAGGCGUACGUGGUAUUUGUCUCUACAUUAGGAGGACAGUGGCUUGAAAGGAACUUCUCUGCCUUCCUUUCCCAUAUUCUAGAUCUUGUUUCUCAGUCUCACCCUAAGGCUAUUCAGAAUCAGACAGAUGCUAUCGGCUGUCGCUGCUGUGUUUCAUUUAUCCUUCGAGCUACAGUAGGAGGCCUUCUUGGGGAAAAAGCUCAAAUUGCAGCUGCCAAGGAGAUUUGUCAGGCCGUCUGGAAACUGAAGAAAGUUGUGGAUGCUUCACUGAGUGACAGUAAUUUGGAGACACGAAUUAGUACAGCAGAUGUAACAGCAAGUCAGCAUGUGCUUGUGUGUGCACUUCAAGAACUUGGCAGUCUCAUCCAUGGCUUAGGAACUACAGCAGCACCAUUACUACAGGACUCCAGUACAGGAGUUCUGGAUGCAGUAAUUUCUGUUAUCCUUCAUCCCAGCAUUCCAGUUAGGCUAACAGCAGCUUGGUGUUUACGCUGUAUUGCAAUAGCAUUACCCUCCUCUGUGUCUCUACUGUUGAAUCGUUGCAUUGAACGUCUGAAUGCAUUGAAAUCCUCCCCAGAAGCAGUAACUGGCUUCAGUUUUGCUAUUGCUGCUUUACUGGGUGCAGUAAAACACUGUCCUCUGGGAAUUCCACAUGGAAAAGGGAAGGUAAUCAUGUCUGUAGCAGAAGAUUUGUUGUGUUCUGCUUCUCAGAACAGUCGCCUUUCACUGCAGCGAACACAGGCUGGAUGGCUGUUAAUAGCAGCCCUCAUGACAUUAGGUCCUGCGGUUGUCCAAUACCACCUUCCACGAAUACUUUUACUGUGGAAGUGUGUCUUUCCAUCAUCUCCUAAAGACCUAGAAACAGAGAAGACACGAGGAGAUUCAUUUACAUGGCAAGUAACUCUAGAAGGCCGUGCUGGUGCUCUCUGUGCAAUCAGAAGCUUCAUUUCCAACUGUGCUGGUCUUCUUACAGAUGAGGUUCUUCAGAGACUUCUUCCUCCUCUCCCAAGUGCUGUUGCUUUACUGACACAGCUUUCUUCAAUCUCUAAGUCUUACGGAAAUUCUUUAAAAACACCAUCAACAGUUUACAGACAUAAACUUUAUGAAUUACUGGCAGUAUUACCUCCAAAAAUGUAUGAAGGAAGCUUCCAUGCUGUUCUGAAAGAGAUAGUGGUGGAUUUAACUAUACCAGAUAGCCAGAUUGAUGCCUCUACAUUCUUGCUUCCACCCCUUUGUCAUGAGGAUGAUCUCCUUUUACUUGGUCCCUUACUGCAGGAGACUGACCACCGAUUUAUUGAAGAGCAGCUCCUUUUACGUAACAAUGUAGCUGGAGGAAGUCUGGAAUACGAUCCUUACUCCAUAUACGAGAAGCUUGCAAAGCGUGAUUCGGUACCUAAACCACUACCUCCCGCACUGUCAGUUGUCAGUGCAGCAACAACUCUUUUUGGAGUUAUAUUUUGCCAUAUAGCAGAAAUUCACAGGCUCCAAGUACUAGAACAGUUGUUGAAUUCUUUAAAGCAAACAAAAGGAUCACGACAGCAAAUAGUGCAAUUAAAUGUUGUGUCAGCCUUUUCUACGUUUUUAAAGCACUUGGCUAACUGCAAGGGAAGUUUAGGACCAGAAGAAGUUAGAAGAUCUGCUCUGACACUGGUACUUGGUGCCUUGGAAAGCAAUAAUCCACUUCUAAGAUGUGCUGCUGCAGAGUGUUGGGCCAGGUUGGCUCAGGUGGUUUCUGACAGUGCCUUUACUGCCGGAUUAGCACAAGUUAGUUUUGACAAGCUAAAAUCUGCUAGAGAUGUGGUAUCAAGAACGGGCCACUCUUUGGCACUGGGAUGUCUGUAUAGAUACCUGGGAGGAAUAGGUUCUACUCAGCACCUGAAUGCAUGUGUUGGAAUCCUUUAUACUUUAUCUCAGGACAGUACUUCUCCUGAUGUACAGGCAUGGGCACUGCACUCUUUGUCCCUGACAGUAGAUUUAGCUGGCCCCUUGUACCAUGUGCAUGUGGAACCUACCUUAUCUCUUGUUCUCAUGUUGUUGUUAACUGUGCCUCCUACAUACACUGAAGUUCACCAAAGCCUUGGUCGCUGUUUAAAUGCAUUGAUUACCACACUGGGCCCUGAGUUGCAAGGCAGUAGUGCUACAGUUUCAGCUUUAAGAACUUCCUGUCUCCUCGGCUGUGCAGUGAUGCAAGAUAAUCCUGACUGCCUUGUUCAGGCUCAAGCCAUCUCUUGCCUUCAGCAGCUUCACAUGUUUGCUCCUCGACAUGUCAACUUGUCUAGCCUUGUAAGCUGCAUAUGUGAAAUCUUGUUGGAUAAUUCUGUGUUGGUGAAUCUUUGUAGCUCAUACUUGUUACUGAGACGUGCAGCUGUAGCUUGCUUGCGUCAACUUGUGCAAAGAGAAGCUGCUGAGGUAUCAGAAUAUGCUGUUGCACUAGUUAAAGAGAGCAGAGAAGACUUUACUCCAGAUAUUAACAUCAGAGAAAUAGGCCUGGAAGGGGCAUUGCUGGGCUUGCUGGACAAAGAAUUGGAUCAAAGAUUGUGCCAGGAUAUCAAAGAGACUCUUAGUCAUAUGCUUACUUCAAUGGCAGUUGAGAAACUCUCUUUUUGGCUGAAGCUUUGUAAAGAUGUUCUUGCUGCCUCAGCUGAUUUCAAUACAGUAGCAUCAAUAGAUACCACUCAAGAAGAAGAAACUGCGAAAGUGGAUGAUGUAUCCAUAUUAACAUCUGAAAGUGAAGAGAGGUUCCAUCCUUUCAGUAAUCCGCGGUGGUCCACCAGAGUUUUUGCUGCAGAAUGUGUGUGCAAAAUUAUAAACCAGUGUGAAAAUGCAGGGAAUGCCCACUUUGACAUAACUUUGGCUCAGGAAAGGAAACAACGUGAUUCGAGAGAUGACUUUUUAGUAUUGCAUUUAGCUGACUUGAUCCGAAUGGCUUUUAUGGCUGCCACAGAUCACAGUGAUCAACUUCGUCUUUCUGGGCUUCAAACUUUGCAAAUUGUUGUUCGGAAGUUUGCAGCUGUUCCAGAGCCAGAGUUUCCAGGUCAUCUCAUUCUGGAGCAAUAUCAAGCCAAUGUUGGAGCAGCACUUAGGCCUGCCUUUGCUCCAGAAACUCCUCCUGAUGUCACAGCAAAAGCAUGUCAGGUGUGCAGUGCCUGGAUAGCAAGUGGUGUAGUAAGUGAUCUCAGUGAUCUUCGAAGGGUUCACCAGUUGCUUGUAUCUUCUUUGGUCAAAGUGCAAGCUGGAAAAGAAGCACAAAGUCAACAGUAUAAUGAAAGCACCUCAACUAUGGAGAUACUGGCUGUGCUUAAGGCCUGGGCAGAGGUUUACAUAGUUGCAAUUGAAAAGCAAAAAAAUCAAGGUGAUACACAUAGUCACUCCUUGAAAACAGCAAACUCUGCAGAAGAAAGUUAUAGAGAUGUAACAUCUUCCGCCAGUGGUCUUGUGGACUUAGUACAAGCAGAUCUUGGAACACUGAGCAAACUCUGGCUUGCUGCACUUCAGGACUUCGCUCUCUUAAUUUUGCCUUCAGAAUAUGCAUCACAACUACCUGCUGAAGGUGGUGCAUUUUAUACGGCAGAGACAAUAGAAAAUGCCAGACCUCAUUACUACAACUCCUGGGCACUGAUACUUUAUGCUACAGCAUUAUGGCUUACUAGCACAGGUUUCAUUGUUGCGGAUCCAGAUGAAGGAGUUACUAAUCUCUCUAGACCUGUCACCCCAACUACAAUGUGUCAAGAUUCUUCUACCAGGCCUUCAGUGAAAUCUCCUGAGGAUGUGAAUACUGACAGGUUUCAUCUUAUUUUGGGAAUUAGUGUGGAAUUUCUCUGCUCUCCUCGAUCAGAUGCAGCAAUGGAGAACAUUAUUGCCUGCUUGCAUGCCCUACAGGCUCUCUUUGAUGUUCCGUGGCCAAGAUCUAAAAUAGGUGGUGAUCAGGAGUUGGCUGUAGAGCUGCUGAAUGUUUUGCAUCGACUGAUACUGACCAGAGAAUCACCUGAUAUUCAGCUUGCUGCCCUUGAAGUUGUUCGUCUGAUUCUUUUUGCAGCUCAGGAACAUGUGAAGGAAAAGCGGAGAAGUGCAGAAGUUGAUGAUGGUGCUGCAGAAAAGGAAACGCUACCUGAGUUUGGAGAAGGCAAAGAUACAGGAGGGCUGGUGCCUGGGAAGUCCUUGGUCUUUGCAACACUGGAGUUGUGUGUUUGUAUUCUUGUCAGACAGCUUCCCCAGCUCAACCCUAAAUUAACUUGUAGCCCUGCAGUUCAAUCAGGAAAACAUCUGUUACUAUCAGAAGAUGGAAGUAGGCUGGUAUCAGCAGCGUUACUUAUUCUUUCUGAUGUUCCUGCAAUCUGCUCUCCUGAAGGAAGUGUUUCAGUUCUUCCUACCAUUUUGUACCUCAUUAUUGGUGUACUUAAAGAAACUGCACUCAAAGAGCAAGAUGGCCAGCUACCUUUGCCAGUUGCUGCAUCUCUACAAGCUCUUAAAGGACUUCUGUCUUCACCAAUGGCUCGAGCAGAGAAGAGUCGGACAGCGUGGACGGAUCUUCUGCGCAGUGCUUUGGUCACUGUACUCGACUGUUGGGAUCAAGACGGUCUUCUCCGAGAACUCGAUGAAGUGAGCCUACUUACUGCUAUCACAGUAUUUAUUAUGUCCACCAGUCCAGAAGUUACUACCAUAGAGUGCCUUCAAAAGCGUUGUAUUGAAAAGUUCAAAGUAACACUUGAAUCAAAAGAUCCUGUUGUACAAUAUAAAUGCUACCAACUGCUGCACUCCAUCUUUCAGCAUCCAAACAAAACUGUGUCAUAUCCUUAUAUUCACUCUUUAGUAUCAUCCAUCGUGGAGAAAUUGCAGGAAACAGAAAAAUCAAAGCCUGAAAAUGCUGCAGAACUUCAGGUUGUUCAGGAAGGAAUCAAGGUGGUAACAGCUCUUACAGCUGCUGCUGAGGAAGAGCACCGUGCUCAUCUGGUGGCCUGCCUUCUUCCUAUCCUUAUUUCCUUUCUUUUGGAUGAAAAUGCCCUGAGUUCUGCUACAAGCACAGCAAAAAAUCUGCAUGAGUUUGCUUUGCAAAAUCUGAUGCAAAUUGGCCCACAGUACUCAGUGGUUUUUAAGAAAUUAAUGGCUUCCUCUCCAACCAUGAAAGCCAGGCUUGAGUCAGCUGUAAAAGGCAAUCAAGAAAGCAUCAAAGUGAAGACUGCUAAACUUGCAAAGAAUCCUGGGAAAAGUUCGAGCAUUCAGCUGAAGACCAACUUUCUUUGACGUCUCGUUAUUGCACUUUGAUAUCAACAGCAAAAAAUACUCCUUAUAAUUUCUAAUCAGAGGAUAUCUGUGAGUUGCUCUCAUAUGUUUUCCAGUUUGCAUUGAAAAAUUAUAGAAAUCUUUUAAGAGAAAAUAAAACUCUAGAUGACUGCCUGUUAGUUUAGCAGAUUUCUCUGAACAAUAUAAAUAGGACUCUCAGAAAGAUUCUAACCCAUGUUUUUGGAUUAAAGUACCAGAAAUGCACAUGCCUAUAUCAAAAGUCUUUAGUGAAGUUUAUGAUAGAUCUAUUUAGGAGCAGCCCACAAAUAGCCAGAAAGUAAAAUUAAUUUUGUUUUACAUCAAUAUUUGUCAAAAAUAAAUUACCCGAAUCAUUUUUUGGAUGCUACUGGGAUAUAAAUUUACUUGCAGGUGGUAACGUAUCUUAAUUACUAAUUUAACACACUGAAUUAUUAAGUAAGCAGAUUAAAUAUCCUUGUAAGCCUUACAAUAAAUUAUCUUUGAUCUAAAAAAAAAAAAUAAAAAAAUCAGUAAAGAUAACAUCAUUAACAUCUGUAACGUUAAUAAAUUCUUGAGCAGGCCAAUGUUUAACAAAUGCUGUUAAAUACAGCUUUACAGUGCUUCUUCACUGAGGACUUGGUAGUGCUUUGCACUGUGGGGCUGUUGUGAAUCUGUAAGCAUUUGCAGGCUUGGUGCCUUGCUGCUUGGCAUAGUCUCACUUUUCAGGAUGUAUACUUGUGUUAAUUUGUAUUGCAUUAGCCAGGCAAUUGAAGCUCAAAUAUUUUGUCCAUAAUAGGACAGCGACUUUAAUAUACUGUGCCUCGAUUCAGACAUCUAUUCUACCUGGAUGUGUGUUUCCUGAUCUUUAAACGAUCAAAUACAUGCACACAUCACAUAAAUCUAUGCAUCUCUGCAAUGAGAGCUGUGGAUGUACCUGAAGUCAGCUUGUCUUGUGUCAAAUGAAGUACAACAAACUCAUAAGAAGUAUUUAAUUAACAUUUUUAUUAAGGAGCAUAUUUUAAUAUAGAAAAAUAACUAUUAAAAAUUGCAAUGGCUAUAAAGUAUUUUCUACAUAUAGUAUUGAUUUUUUUUUUCUUAAUACCAGUAUUGUCUAAACCAAACACUAUGAAACUGAGGAUAGCAUUUCCUUCUUGGUUCUAAUUACUUAAAAAAAAUUAAAAUUAAAAAGAGAGGGAACUGAGAAACACACUGUGACUCAGGAAAAGUGUGAUGUACUGUAUUUUAUUAAAAGUUUUGUAUAUAAAUAUAAUUGUAAAUUGUACAGAAUUAACCAUUUGACCAAAGUUCUAACAAUUCAGUUUUCUAAUUUACAUAAAUAAAGCUAAUUUUCUUCACUUGA